AGGAUAUUAGGAUAUGUUGUUGGUUUUAUUGCAGGGCUGUUUUAUUGAGGAGACAUGAGGAAGUGCAGUCCAUGGAUGUUUCUGCCUGUAAUGUUUUCUUUCUUCACAGCUGCUGGUCUUUGGGUCGUGUAUUUCAUUGCUGUGGAGGGUGAGAAAAUCACCCCACUCAGUGCAGAGUACAAUAGGUCAGAAUCGAAAUCUCCUCCAUAUAUCAGUUUUGCAGGCAAUGCUCCACCUGCCAGCUGUGUGUUCAGUCAAGUCAUGAACAUGGCAGCCUUUGUGGGCUUCAUUCUGGGAGUGCUGCGAUAUCUGCAGCUGAAGCCCAGAGUACAUAAACCCUGGCUCAACAUCAGCAGUCUGGUGGCUUUGUCUCUUGCCUGCUUUGGUAUGACUUUAGUUGGGAAUUUCCAGCUGUUUAACGUUGAGGAGCUGCACAACAUUGGCACGUUUAUGACCUUUGGUCUAGGAGCACUGUUCUGCUGGGUCCAGUCUUUCAUGACCCUAAAGGUCAACCUGAGGAAUGAAGGCAGGCGAGCAGGAAUCCCUCGCUUCCUGUUGUCCGGAGCUGUAACUUCCUGCAUGUUGCUUUACUUCGCUCUGAUGGCUCAGCGGCUGCACAUGCACGCGGCCCGUGCUCAGUGGGCUCUGGUCAUGUUCUUCUUGAUGUACCUGGCCACGUUCUCCAUUGAGUUUCGCCACUACCAUUUCGAGAUUGUGUGCAGUGACGAGCAGGACCCUCCACUCAGCCUCUCCGAGAGCUUCUCCGAGGUCUCCGAGUAUCAGUCCGACCAGCUCUAGUCCCACUCUUCAGCAUCUGUGGAGCCUCGUACUUCUUCCAGUGUUCACCAGUGACCAGUCCUGCAUGUAAACUGAAUGCAAUCUCUCUAGGAAGACCUUCGGACGAGUACGUCUUCUGAACCUGUUGGUAGGCUUUUGCAAAAGCAACAAAUUCUCGAAAUGCACAAGGAUUUACUGUGACGUGCUCUAUGUUUGUGUGUCAGAUGAGCGAAGCAACAAGGACACUUCCAAGGAGAAAAUCUGAAUACAGGAACAGUUUCUAGCAAGAUAAUGCAUUAAAUGUACAAUUUGUAAGAUAUUUGCAGUAAAAUAUCCAAAAACCACUAGGCUAGUGUUAUAUAUUUUGUCCACUUUACUAACAAUAUCUCUAAUGUUUUCAACUACUUGUAAAUCAUGAGAAAAUCCCCAUUCUAAACAGUGACACGGGGCAGUGCAGUCGCCUGUCAAUGACGUUAGUUACCCUUUGUUACCGCCUUUACUGACGUAGAAACCACAUGACAACAGUCUCGUGGACAAAUGCGUAAGUAGCUUCACGACAAACUUCAGAUUGAAAGAGAUGCCGAUCUCGCUUGUGUUUUACUCGACAG